GCGUUUGCUUGUCUGUCAUUGUCUUUUCGCUGAGUGGUGUAUGCAGAAAAAUUAAAAUUCCACUAGAAUGAGGUGAUCAAAUUUAAACAGCACUAUGUGGGAUUUGAAGGCUUGUACGGUGUGCCUCAGCACCGCUAGAAAAUUAUUCAAAAUGGACUCUGCCAGUUUGAAACUAGAUUACUAUUUAUUGUCAGGACUAAAGGCCAUGGAUUGUGAAGGAAUGCCCGAAUAUUUGUGCGUGGAGUGCUCAGCGCACGUGAAGCGUUUCAGAGCAUUCAGGGACAAGUGUAAACGAGCACAUUUUACUUUAAAAACCUUAUUAAAAACUAGCAAAGAGAUAAAUUUGUCAACGCUAAAUCUGAUCAAACGCGAAGAAAUAGGACUAAAUUCAUCACUUUCCUACUUAAAUUUGAAUAGAACACUGUAUGAAGAAGUGAAAUUUCAAUGGAUAAAACGCAAUCGUCUUAGCAUAAGCUCAGUUGAAGAUAUUCCUAUUUUUCAUUGUAGUACGCUUCCUCUAGAAAAUGAAUUUGAAGUGCCUAGAAAGAAAGCUAAACUUAAUUCGCCACAGGACUCUAUAAAAGUGGAAGCUGAUGAAACUGAUGAAUCCUUCCAAAGAAAAGCAUCCGACAAUGAUAAGAAAAGUGUAACUAAUUUAGAACAAUCAUCUGCCACCAAUAAUGCCAAUGAUAUGGAAUGUUACUUUGAUAACGAUAACAAUUUUGACAGUGAUAAUGGACAAAAUGAAUUUGACGUAUUAUGUAAAACGAAGGACAACGUAGAUGGAUCUAAUUUAGAUGAGGAAUAUGCAAAUAUGAUACCAAUAUCGUUAAAAGAGGCUCAGGCUGCUGUGGAGGUGUACAAAAUGUUCAGUCAAGGAAAGUAUCGGUGUAAUUGCGGGAAGACUUUUCAAAAUGAAAAUCGUUUAAUUGCACAUCAAAGAAUGCAUGAUACUCAUAUAAGUGGGACAUUCUUAUGUACGUUGUGCGAUGUUUACUACAGGACCGAGUUCCUGCUCAAGACUCAUAUGACUGAGAAACACAUGUAUAAAUAUGUCUGUAGGAAAUGCCCUGAAGUCAAUUUUGACAGAAUGUCAGCGAAACAUCACUUUAUCUGGACGCAUCUACAAAAGGGCGGUAAAAAACACGCAAACUGGUAUGAAUCUCGACCUUCGUGGCUGAGCAAUAAGGGUGGCAAGCGUAUCAAGGGCGUCGUCACGAUACGACCCGUUAGGAAGAUUAUCAAACUGCCUGAAGAUUUUCCGGUAUAUUCCCCUGUGAGCCAAGAAGAGCAAUACGCGUUGGUGCAAGAACGACGUAAAUCGCGGAACUAUUUAGAGGCGACAUUCAAAUGUGAAUUCUGCUACCGUGGCUUUAGAGAACCUAAUACGUACGCCAAGCAUAUGAGGAAACAUGAUCCGGAGUUCGCGGGUGAAUUGCAAUGCGACAUGUGCAAACUGCAUUUCCGUGACACGCGCAAGCUAUACAAACAUAUGAACAUUACACAUCUCUUCAAGUAUUCGUGCCAGACGUGCUCCUACGUCUGCUAUAAUAGAGGACAAGCACAUAUGCACUACAGGUGGCAUAAAAACGUCAAAUAUCAGUGCCCGCACUGCGACAAAGAGUUUACUAAAGCAUCAACUCGCCUAACUCACAUCCGUAUCAAGCACCCGUCGAUGUAUAUCUGCACUUUGUGCGGUCAUAGUUUUGUCAGCGAGAAUGGCCUCUACUGUCACAAGAAACUCGCCCAUAGUGCACAGGAAAUAGAAACAAGCGAGGCAAUAUUGACAGACCUAGAGAACCCGCAUUACUGUGCAGAGUGCAAAGUUCAAUUCAUGAAUGAGGCGGCUUAUAAAACACAUCUUGGCAGCUCUAGCAAGCACGCUACUACUAAUACGUCGAUAAAAGUGCCGAGGACACGUAAGGGCGGCGAGCGGCGCAAGCGCGGCCGCCCGGGUAACGGCUCUUCCGACAUUAUCAACAACGGCGUGCCUACGGCCACUCACUGCGAAGUGUGUGGGAAGUUCCUGUCUAACGACGUGCAAGCUCGCAAACACUACGAGGCUGAACAUCCGGGACACGAAUUCCUUAAGCGGUACAUGUGCGACGUGUGUGGACACACCACGAGGCAAUACGCAAACUUGAUGGUGCACAUGCGAACACAUACAAAUGAGAAGCCUUAUGGAUGCCCGCAUUGUGGCCGGCGUUUCAGUAUGCCCAGCAAUAGAGACCGACAUCUUGUUGUACAUACAGGUGAGAAGCGCUACCAGUGCCAGCACUGUAGCAGACGCUUCACGCAGAGCAGCGCCGUGAAGCUGCACAUCCAGACAGUGCAUCUCAAAAUCCCCUACGCGCCAUGGGACAAGAAAAACCGCAAGCGACGGAAGGAGCUGGAGGCGGCCGCAGCCCCCUUGAACGCGGCGUCGUUGGCGCCGGCCGCCUGUCUGCCGCCGCAGCCCAAGCUGCUGCUGGACGCGCAGGGCGACUACCUCAGCGCGUACAUCACCUACAACGACGAGUGAAGUGCGACACUUGGACACGGGUCACUCUAUAAAUUCAUUUCUAUACCGCACAUUUCAACUACAUGACGUAAAAAAACAUCACAACAGAUUGUAUCCGUCUUAUCUCUCAUUUAUACGUAACGCCACACACGUGUGACUGACAAAUUACUUUUACACCCUGAAGUAUGGUUCUUGCGCCUUGGUAUUAUCAGUAGAAUUCCACGCAUGAAUAUUCUAUGUGUCCGAGUCUCUUCAAUACAGAGUUAUGAGGACAUUGAUAUAAUCUUCUGCUAACGCCAUCUAUAGUGAAAUUCUUAUUACUUCUAAGCAUAUGACGUUUUGAUGGUUUCCGUCUUUCGUCCUUCUUUUAUAGAUGGCGUUAGUCAAACCAAUGAAUUGGAUUGUAAACCUAUUGUCAUUUUCUUGUAUAGGCAAUAUAAUACGUGAACUAUCGCAAUUAUAUUGUAAAACGUAAAAGAGCAGUUAUUAUGAUAAUCAACACUUAGUCGAUCUGACUACCGGUCCAGGGCUGCCAUUUCAGGGUUGAAAAGAAUAUUUGUUACUGCAAUAUGUAAACCAUAGAUAAUGUAAGCAUAACUCUAAUAUUCUGUACUUCAAAGAUGAGGUAAAUAGGGUACCUACCUUGUUUUAUAACUGCCAAUCCUCCACCCCCCUUAAAGGUUUUCUAUUAGUACCUAGUCGUGUAAUGGUGUUGAUUCUAAAAUGUAAGCUAAACUCAUUGAAAAACUUAAAAAUAUGCUCACCUCAUUGACUCUCUGUUUACCUGUUUACUUGAUUAAGACCUGAACGUUAGAAUCAACACGAUUGUGUCAGUAAUUUUUAACAAGUAAGCUGUAUAUAGCUAGUUAAGUUUUAUGUAAUAAAGGUGCGUUUCCAUUAUGGCCACAAUGUGCAUGCCUCUACCUGAAACACUUGCAAGCUAGUAGCAGACACGCCAAAGUACACACAGUAAGGGUAUGUUCACAUAAGAAGCGUUCAACCCUAGUUAGGUUUUUAAAUAUACACAUGGCGGGCACUUUUCGGACGUUGAACACGCGUUGCCACUGUUUCAGUGCAAGUUCGGCAAAUCGAAAAUGGACGUGAAAACACAGCUAUGUGUUUGACUGAACGCCUUCCGGUUCGUGGUCUCCAUUCAAAAACGUUUCUGCCCCAACGGCCGUCAGUUCUACGAGCUAUCUUCAACUUGCUAAGUCUACGAGCUAUGUCGGUGAUUUUUGUUCUUCUACGGAUCUCCUCACUUCUGAUUCGAUCAAGUAAAGAAAUGCCGAGCAUUGCUUGCUCCUCAGCUCGUUGAAUGACUUUGAACUUUUUUAUAAGGCCCAUAGUAAGUGACCACGUAUCAGAGCCGAAGGUCAUCCCUGGCAACAUGCACUGCCCCAAAACUUUUGUCUUCAAGGACUGCGGUAUUGCCGACAAGAAGACGUCCCGAAGCUUCUCGAAAGUUGCCCUACCCAGUCGGAUUCGACGAUUGACCUCUUUCUCGAAAUUGACCCUGCCUAAUUGGACGGUUUCUCCGAGGUAAACAUAUUCGUCAACAAUUUAGAGAGUAGAGGUUCCCACUGUUAAAGGGGUGGGUACAACAUGGACAUUUGAUAUAAGUUUCGUCUUGUCCGUGUUCAUUUUUAGACCCACCUGCUAGGAAACUUGAGGUCACCGAGCAUGGUGCCAAGCUCUUCCAACGAAUCUGCCAUGAUCACGAUAUCGUCAGCAAAUCGGAAGGUGAGUGAUGUACUCGCCAUUGAUGUUUAUGGCGAUAGUAAUAAAAAUAAUAAACUUCGAGUUCUUAGGUUUUCGCGGUUGUUACACAUAGGAAUGAAACUGUUUUUCCGGAUUUA